AUGCGUAGAGAAUCCCGAUCCAUUGAACUUCGAAAGCUCAUGCCUUUUUCUGAUCGUGCCGGAAGCAGCAAAAAGUACAGAACGUCUGAUUCGAUACACAGCGAUGAAGAUCCUCUUAUCGACGAGGAAUUGGCUGAAUCUUCGCCACUCACAGGAACGCGUCGACCGACAACGAGGAAACGCAAACCGUUCAAACUGAAUUACUGGCCAUUCGUUCGUUCACCACGCAAACAAAACCCAAGGACCAUUCCUUUCCACGCCAAUGACAAGCAAAAGAAGUACACGCCCAAUAUCAUCGUCAACCAAAAGUACAACAUCUUUACCUUUAUCCCCUUGGUUCUCUUUGAACAGUUUGUCGUCUUUUUCAACCUCUACUUUUUACUUGUCGCAUUAUCACAAUUCGUUCCAGCACUCAAAAUCGGAUACAUCUUCACCUACUUUGGACCGCUAUGUUUCGUGUUACUCGUGACCAUCAGCAAAGAAGCCAUGGAUGAUCUUCAGCGAUAUAAGCGCGACAAGGAAGCCAAUUCUCAGCUAUAUCAAACAUUGACACCGAGUGGAUUACGACAUGUUCCAAGUUCAAAGAUCCGCGUGGGCGAUAUGGUUAUUUUACAAAAGGAUCAAAGAAUACCUGCUGAUAUGAUCUUAUUGCGUACAACUGAAGACAAUGGCUCUUGCUUUAUUCGCACGGAUCAACUUGAUGGUGAAACGGAUUGGAAGCUUCGAUUGGCAGUACCUUCUUUGCAACGAUUACCAGCUGAUGACUCCCUUAUCCAAGUACGGGGUGAAAUCUAUGCCGAUGCACCUCACAAGGAUAUCCAUUCAUUCAUUGGUACUUUUACCCAUGUCGACGAGGAAACAGGCAUUGAACAACGGGAACCAUUGAGCGUGGAGAACACAUUGUGGACCAAUACUGUGCUUGCUUCCGGAUCAGCUAUUGGAUUUGUGAUUUACACUGGCAAGGAUACUCGAGCUGUCAUGAAUACCAAUCAUCCAAAGACCAAAGUGGGAUUGCUUGAUACCGAAAUCAAUCGUUUGGCAAAGAUUCUCUUUAUUGUCACAUUGGCACUUUCAGUGACCAUGGUGGGAUUCAAUGGAUUCCAUGGCCUGUGGUACAUUUACGUUUUCCGAUUUCUGAUUCUUUUUUCAUCCAUCAUUCCUAUCAGUUUGAGAGUGAAUCUGGAUAUGGGCAAAACGGUGUAUGCACGCCAAAUUGAGAAUGAUGAAGACAUUGAAGGCACCAUUGUCCGAACCAGCACACUUCCUGAAGAACUUGGUCGAAUUGGCUACUUAUUAUCUGACAAAACUGGCACCUUGACAAAGAAUGAUAUGGAAUUGAAGAAGUUACAUAUGGGAACCAUGUCUUACAGCUUGGAUACUAUGGAUGAAAUCAUGUCCCAUCUCGCAUCAGCAUUUGAAGAUCAAGAACCGGGUUUAAUCCAAACUAGCACUGGUGUUGUUGGUAUCUCUGGCAAAGGUCGUCGCAAUAUUUCGUUCCGAAUCAAGGAUAUCGUUCAGGCGCUUGCACUAUGUCACAAUGUUACUCCUGUCACUGGCGACCAUGGCGAGCUUACUUAUCAAGCAUCCAGCCCCGAUGAAGUGGCUAUUGUCAAGUGGACGGAGCAAAUGGGUUUGGCUUUGGUUGCACGUGAUGUCAGCAAGAUCCAGCUACGUGUAGAAGCAACUGGAGCGCUUUUGGAUUAUGACGUCUUGCAUAUUUUCCCCUUCACGAGCGAGACUAAGCGUAUGGGCAUCAUUAUUCGUGACAGACAAACCAACGAAGUCACCUUUUAUGAGAAGGGUGCGGAUGUGGUGAUGAGCACUAUCGUCCAAUACAACGACUGGUUGGAUGAAGAAUGUGGAAACAUGGCUCGUGAAGGUUUACGUACGCUUGUUGUCGCCAAAAAACGUUUAUCAGUCGACAUUUACGAGGAAUUCAGGACAAAGUUUCAAGAAGCUGAACUCUCUCUUCAUGAUCGCAAUGCAAGGAAGCAAGCUGUUAUUGAAGAAGUGCUUGAAACGGAUUUGGAACUUUUGGGUGUUACUGGUGUGGAAGAUAAGCUGCAAGAUGGCGUCAAGAAUACGCUCGAACAAUUGCGAAAUGCUGGUCUUAGGAUUUGGAUGUUAACAGGUGAUAAGAUCGAAACCGCCACUUGUAUCGCAGUCUCUUCCAAGCUUGUUUCUCGUAAUCAAAAUAUCCACCAAAUCGCUAAACUCAAAAAUCCUGUGGAUGUAUUGAACGAGCUGGAUAAUCUCAGAUCUAAGGUCGAUUGCUGCCUAGUCAUCGAUGGUGAAUCAUUACAGUUAUGCCUGGAUCAUUUCCAAGAUGAAUUUGUUGACGUUGCAACCCUACUACCUGCCGUGGUUUGUUGCCGAUGCUCCCCAACACAAAAGGCCGAGAUCACUCGUAUCAUUCGACAUCAUACACAAAAGCGCGUCCUUUGUAUAGGCGAUGGUGGAAAUGACGUGAGUAUGAUUCAAGCAGCUAAUGUUGGUAUUGGUAUCGUUGGAAAGGAAGGACGACAAGCGUCUCUCGCAGCGGAUUUCUCAGUGACCCAAUUUAGCCAUAUCACCAAGCUUAUGCUUUGGCAUGGUCGAAACAGUUAUAAACGAUCAGCAAAGCUUUCACAAUUCGUCAUUCAUCGCGGUUUAAUCAUAUCGGUCAUGCAAGCUGUUUUCUCAGCGCUAUUUUACUUUGCACCCAUCGCAAUUUACCAAGGCAUGCUGAUUGUCGGUUAUGCAACGGUCUACACUAUGGCACCUGUCUUUUCACUGGUAUUGGAUCAAGAUGUGAGCGAAGAGAUUGCAUUACUGUACCCAGAGCUCUAUAAGGAUUUAACCAAGGGUCGUUCAUUAUCAUACCGCACAUUCUUCACGUGGCUUUUGAUCAGUGUAUACCAAGGAGGCGCGAUCAUGGUCUUAUCCAUCAUCCUUUUCGAGAACGAAUUCAUCCACAUCGUGUCCAUAUCAUUUACAGCAUUAAUCUUCAAUGAAUUACUGAUGGUCGCUUUGGAAAUCAAUACUUGGCACCGCCUCAUGGUGAUUGCCGAAAUAGUGACGAUGCUUAUUUAUAUUGGUUCCAUGUGGCUCUUACCUACCUAUUUCGACAUGUCCUUCAUUCUUACCACGCGAUUUGUAUGGAAGGUUGCAGUGAUUACGGCUGUAAGCAGCUUACCCCUAUAUGUUGCGAAAUUGAUCAAGCGACGUUACGCUCCACCUAGCUACACCAAAUUGACAUAG